CCCCGUGACGUCAUGACGUCGCGGGGAAGGCAGCGUCAUCUUUUCUGAGUUCAGAGCGGCACACAGCGGCCUUUCUUUGCUGCUUUCACUGUUCUUUAACCUUUCUCUUUCUUCUGUCGCUCGCUCUUUCUUCAGCUAUGAAUAAAGAGUUGUCGGUCCUCUCUGCCUGCCUGCUGCUGGUCGCUGCUCUGGGCUCUGCCUCUGCGACGGACGGUUUAGUAAACGAGGAGGUGAAGCGGACGGUGGACCUGAGCACGCAUCUGGCUAAAAUCACUGCGGAGAUCACUCUGUCUAACCACGGACACGCCGCCGUGCACAGUUUCACGUUGGCCGUGGAGCCUGACUUGGCUCCGCAUCUCGCUUACAUCGGAGCCUCGGUCAAAGGUGAUGAAGAGGAAGAUGGCACUCUUGAACUCCAGCAGAAAAAGAUUCCUGGACAAAGUGGGGAGUUUUAUGAUGUGCAGCUGAUGUCCAGUCUGGCAGUGGGCUCUCAGCUCAAAGUGAAGGUGGAGAUGGUACUAAGCCAUGUCCUGAAGCCCUUCCCCACCCACAUCACCCAAGCUGAACGCCAGCUUGUGGUCUUUCAGGGGAACCACUAUCUGUACUCCCCGUAUCCUACCCACAGUCAGACCACACGUGUCCGCCUGGCCUCUAAGACGGUGGAAAGCUAUUCCAAGCUGGGCAACCCUAGUAAGAAUGAUGAGGUCAUUGAGUAUGGACCCUUCCGUGACGUGGCCCCUUUCAGUGAGGAUACAAUGAAGAUCCAUUAUGAAAACAACUCACCCUUCCUCACCAUUAGUAGCAUCACCCGCACCAUCGAGGUUUCUCACUGGGGUAAUAUUGCUGUGGAAGAGACCAUCGAUCUGAGGCACACGGGAGCCAUACUGAAAGGGCCUUUUUCACGUUAUGAUUACCAGCGACAGUCAGACAGUGGCAUCUCUUCUGUAAAAUCCUUUAAGACGAUCCUUCCUGCCUCAGCCCAGGACGUCUACUACAGGGAUGAGAUUGGAAACAUCUCCACCUCUCAUCUGCAAGUUCUAGAUGAUUCUGUUGAGGUUGAGGUCAGGCCUCGAUUCCCCUUGUUUGGUGGCUGGAAGACUCAUUACAUUAUUGGCUACAAUUUGCCUAGUUAUGAGUACCUCUAUACCUUAGGUGACCAGUAUGCCCUGAAGAUGAGAAUUGUUGACCAUGUUUAUGAUGACCAAGUCAUUGACUCCCUCACUGUGAAAAUCAUCCUGCCAGAGGGGGCCAGAAGCAUCCAUGUUGAUACACCGUACAAAAUUGAUCGCAUGCCAAACCAGCUGCAUUACACCUACUUGGAUACAUUUGGGCGGCCGGUGCUUGUUGCUACCAAGAAUAACCUGGUGGAGCAGCACAUUCAGGAUGUUGUGGUUCAUUAUACCUUCAAUAAGAUCCUAAUGCUGCAGGAGCCACUGUUGGUUGUGGGAGCUUUCUACAUCCUUUUCUUCACAGUCAUAAUUUAUGUGCGCCUGGACUUUGCCAUCACAAAGGAUCCUGCUGCUGAGGUGCGUAUGAAAGUAGCCUCCAUCACUGAGCAGGUGCUGACUUUGGUGAACAAGCGUCUGGGUCUGUACCGACACAUGGACGAGGUGGUCAACCGCUACAAGCAGUCCCGUGACACCGGAGCGCUCAACAGUGGACGAAAGACCCUGGAGGCUGACCACCGUGCGCUCACUAAUGAAAUUAACUCACUGCAGACCCGCCUCAAAGCUGAAGGCUCUGACCUUGCUGAUAAGGUGGGGGAGGUGCAGAAAUUGGACAGCCAGGUGAAAGAGCUGGUGUGUCGCUCGUGCCAGGAGGCAGAGCGCCUAGUGGCGGGAAAAGUGAAGAAGGAAGCUUAUAUCGAGAGUGAGAAAAGUCUGAGCAGCAAGAGACAGGAGCUCGUUGGCCGCAUUGACAAUCUGCUGGACGCUCUCUGAGCACCUGAUGCGCACGUGGCACUGCUGCACAGACAUACAGCUGUUUGUAUGGAACAGCGUUAGAAGAAAUGUGACACAUGCCACACAUACGUACACACACACACACACACACACACGGUCCUUAAGUCAUACGUGGACACUAAAUGUGGCCUCUUGUGGUGGUGAUGGGUUUAUCCAGACACUUGUGCCUUGUCACCUUGCGGUAAACAUGAGGUCACUGUGUGCUCAGCUCCACAGCGAUGACACACCACAGUUUCAUUUUUGUUGUUGAUGUUCAGAUGCACUUGAUUAUCAUCACUUGUUCAAAUGAUGCAUCACUUUCAUGUUUUAUAGCUCUGUUUUGUUUUUUGUUUUUUUGUUUUUUUUUCUUCUUCAUGGUUUCACCCUUCAUAACCCUUAAGGACAUGUUUUCAAAUGACUGAUGCAUCAACAGGCCGACUGUGAUUCUGUCUCGUCUUCAUUCAUGUAUUCUUAGACUGAAUCGUCACUAGCUGUCGGCCUCUAUGGGGAUUGGAUAGUGUUUCUGCAUCUUGUCGUCUUUUGCACCGACAUUGUUUUUAACAGUUUACCCCUGAAUGACUUUUUAUAUUUGAACAUACCUGAGGCUCUGAUUC